CAGAGUUGCCGGGUUAGGUUUUGCGUGGCAAAGGGAAGCAGUCAGAUUUUAUCGUUAGGAAAAUUUUAUUUUCCUCUAAUUAUCCGCGAAGCGUAACAAAGUGAGCUGGGUUUCUGGAUACCAAGUUCAAUACAUUACAAAUAACCGCUCACACAUUCGUCGAGUUUGCUGUGAGCGCGUUGGGUCGUAAAAAUCGCUGUGAAAGUGCAGAAACCACCGGAGCAUUGCAUUGUUGACAAACCACAAUUUCUGGCCCGCAUCAAACAUGAAAUCGGAUAACUUCCGGCUCAUAGCGGAGGUGGCCAAGCGCCGGUGCCUGUGGGACACCAACUUGGCCAUGGCCUACCGCAACCAGGAGGCGGCGGCCCAGUGGGCCGCUGUGGCGCAGAUUCUGCAGCAGGAUGUCACCCUGUGCAAGAAGCGUUUCAAGGGAAUGCGUGACAGCUACCGGGCGGAGGUGCGCAAGAUCCAGCAGCAGCGCAUCCAAAUGUCCCACUGGACUUACUUUCGAUCGCUGGAGUUUAUGCGUCACCUCUUCGAUCCGGAGCAUCUGGUGCCCUUUCCCCCAGAGGUCUACGAUCUGGACGCAGAACAGCAGGAAGACUGCGACUCCACCCGGCUGGUGGACUUUGCCAUCGAUGUGGACUUGGAAAACGAUGACUCCGUUGACUUUGAGAUCAUCGGGGACAUUUUCAAGCGCGAAUCGUCGGUGCCCCAGGAUUCGGGUUCAGAUGGCGGUUCGCUAAUCAAGCCUUUGGAGCCCAGAUCCCCAGCUACCCAGGAUCUCUCGCCCACCUUGCCUUCGCCCAUGCACUUGCCGCUUAAAAACAAUAACCAAUUCCUGCCACGCCCGCCAAAAAGGGGUCGCCGUCGGAAGACCUCCCCCGAGUACGAUGGCCCCAUUUCGAAUGGCCAGGCCACGCCGUGUUCUGCCGCUGAGGCCGACCUCAAGAACGAUUCGGACUACAGCUUCAUGGUGAGCAUGGUGCCGCACGUUAAGACGCUGUCAGCCAUCAGCAAUCUAAAGUUUCGCAUGGAGAUGGCACGAGUUUUGGUGGAACUCCGGAAGGAGGAUGAGCAGAUGCUUGAAGGAGUGGGACGUGAAGGAGUGGGUGGCUUGCCGAGACUAACGCCCGCUCCGGAUUCCAGUUACGCCUCUCAACCGGAGGAACCCCAAUGCUAUGUCUCCAAUUCCAGUUACCACAACGGUAGCCCUGAAUCCCCAUCCUCGUACGACUUUGUAGACAGCUCCAUGAUUGAGUGCGAUGUCAAGAUUGAGAACGAGGCCCUGCUUUGAGAAUUGGGUUUCCAAUUUACUACCAAUUAGCAAUCAUCCAAAUUAAAUUUACGAUUUUACAUUCACAUGGAUUUUCUUAAGAAUCCCCCUUACAAUUUUAGUCUUCAUUUUAUAUUGAUUUAAUUUUAUAUUUACUGUACUCAAUGUAAAGUAUGCUCUUGAUUUGUACGUCAUAGCAUUAUGCCUAAUAUAAGACCGUUUUCCCCAUGAUUUUCUUGCGUUUGAACACGUAUUAUGUUGUUCUAGGUAAAUGUUUACAAAUAUAAAAAUUGUGUUCAAAUCAUUUUCAUCUGUUAAAGCUAUAUUCGUAUAUAUUUCUUUUAGAAAUGGUCAGGCCUUCAAGCUAAAAAUAAAAACUGAGCUAUACAACGACUA